AAUAUGUGACGUCAUUGAUUAGACGCGUCAUAGAAAUAGUUCUAUGAGGCGCGUAAUCUCGCUUGGGCGAGAUUUGGUAAGUUGACAUGCGCAUUGCCUGUUUUGCCCAGUGUAUCCGGUUCCCGUCUGAAAUUGUUUUUAAUCAACAGUCUGUGGGUGACAAUUUCAGUUACGUUUCUGUGUUACCGGAAAAGAGCUUUGCUCAAGCACCGCGCUUCGCGCGAUGCUGUAGAGCUUCGCUCUAUAUAAAACCUUCAUAAUUAAUUUUCUCAAGUGAUACAAAAAAUGUUAAAUAAUUUAGUUUUUCCAAAUUGAUUUUCAUUUAGAUCUAAUUUGUAUACAUUAAUUCUGUUUUUUAAAAAAGAACAAAAAAGUGUGAGAAUUAUUUUCAUUGACGUCAAAAAUAUGUGACGUCAUUGAUUAGACGCGUCAUAGAAAUAGUUCUAUGGGGCGCGUAAUCUCGCUUGGGCGAGAUUUGGUAAGUUGACAUGCGCAUUGCCUGUUUUGCCCAGUGUAUCCGGUUCCUGUCUGAAUUUUUUUUUAAUCAACAGUCUGUGGGUGACAAUUUCAGUUACGCUCCUGUGUUACCGGAAAAGAGCUUUGCUCAACCACCGCGCUUCGCGCGAUGCUGUAGAGCUUCGCUCUAUAUUAGAUACCGAAUCAUGGCGAGACUGAUAGACCAAUGGAAAUUUCUUGGGUAGAUGAACAAUUUUUUCUUUUCCAACUACAGGUGUUUUAUCAGUGAUGUUUACGACUACUUGAUAUAGACCAACUGCUAAUCAAGAUGGAUGCAUACAGGCUACUGGAGUCAAAACUACGCCAAGCUAAAGAAGAUGGAAAUAUAGGAAAAGUAAUAGAAACAUUAUCAUUACAACAUAAGACGAAGCAAGCUUUAUUUAUAGCUGCUAGAGAAGGAUUGUGGGAGGUGGUUAUAUACAUGUUAGAACAUGGUGUUGAUUGGCAUUAUGUUGAUUGGCACCACUACAAUCUCCUACUAUUACUUUUAGAUAGCUUUGACAGAUUAGGCAGCGGUGACAAUAGAGCUCCACAAGCUUUGUUAUUUAAAUGUGUAGUUAAAUUAGUCGAUGCUGGUGUAGACCUCAAGCAGGUAAAUAAGAAAAAAGAGAUGCCUAUAUGCACAGCUGGUAGAUUAGGAUUGUAUGAUGUUGUGAUGUAUCUGUUAAAAAAUGGAGUUGAUGUACAUUAUGAUGAUAAAUUUAAACACACCAUUCUUCACCAUGUCUUAGCUGGUAUGUAUAUCUAUGUUGAAGAUGAGGAGCAAAUUACGACGAUACUUAACACUUAUACAAAUUAUAGAGAAGGGUAUGAAGUUGUGAUAUAUCUGGUAGAACAUGGAGCUGAUGUACAUUAUGUUGAUUGUCUUCAGAGGAAUCUCAUGCACUUACUUUUAGUUAGCCAUGAAUGGUUUGACACGCAUGACAAUACAGGUGGACAUAAUUUGUUACCAUAUGUAGUUAAAUUAGUUGAUGCUGGUGUGGACGUCAACCAGUUGGAUGGUUAUGAAGAGACACCUAUAUAUAUAGCUGCUAUUUAUGAAUUAUGGGAAAUUGUGAUAUAUCUGUUAAAUCAUGGAGUUGAUGUACACUAUGCUGAGGAACAAACAAACAUCCUGUUGAGCAUACUUUUUUAUCAUUAUAAGAGAGAUUAUGAUACAGGUAGACGUGAUUUGUUAUUAGAACGGGUAUUUAAAUUAAUUCAUGGUGGUGUAAACAUCAACCCCGUGAUUUUAGAGAGACCUAUAAUUAUAGCUGCUAGAUUAGGAUUGCAUGAAGUUGUGAUGUAUAUGUUAGAACAUGGAGUAGAUGUACAUCAUGCUGAUUAUUUACAAUGCAACAUUCUUCACUACGUUUUAUGCCAUAUGUGUUCAUAUGUGGAAUAUGAAGAGAUAUACAUACAGCUCGUUAAUAUCUUAAUAAACACAGGAUUAGAUAUAAACCAACCUGACCUUCUUGAAGGUAAUACCCCGUUGUUCUAUGUCGGUAAACACAACUUUUCUGAUAACUACAAUCUAGGUAAAUUAUACGCAAUUCACUCGAAAUUAAAGGCAGGUACAGACACCCACACUUCACUGAAAUGUAAAUUGAUUAACAUUUUAUUAGGAGCUUGUUGUAUUGUGAACCAUCAAAACAAACUGGGACAAACGGCUUUAAUGUACUAUAUAAAACACCAAACUGAUAUCAGUAUAUUAAAACUGUUAAUUCCACAUUCUGAUCUAAGUUUAACUGAUAAUAAUGGUGUUACAGCAAUUAGGUAUUGUGUCCAAUAUCACAUGAUCAAUUCAACAUCUGUCUUUAAACUUUUAGUAGAUUUAGGUUCAGAUCUGAUGUCACGUAACAACGGAGUUAAGUUAUUCGAUGAUAUUUUAAAAUGUAAGAGGUUGUGGGGGUUCAGUUAUUACAUUAAGCUAAAGUUGAUUGUUAAUGGUGUCACAGCUGAAGGAGAAAAUAUGCUUCAUCUUUUAGCUGGUGUUAACUAUGAUUAUUCUCUAAGCAAGUUUAACUGGUUAUUGAAUAAUGAACUAGACAUCAACCAUCCCUGUUCUAAAACCAAUACACCCACUAUGAUAGCUGCCUUCUUAUUAAAUAGCAAAUAUUUAGAGUUGUUGACCAGUCACCCUAGACUAGAGAUCAAUACACAAAAUAACCAGGGUCAUACCGCCCUACAUCUCUGUAUCAUUGGAUUUACGAUGUUUAAGAAUGGUUUGAACAAGAGGCAGGUAAAUGAUGUUGUUAAGAAUUAUUGUAGACAGAUAUAUCCAAUAUACAUGGCUUGUAUUGAUACUUUACUUGGUGUUGAUGGAAUAGAUGUAAACAUUCACGAUAAUGCAGGUAGAACUAGCUUAAUGAUGGCUGCUAUGAAAAACGACAGAGUUCUUACAAGGAAACUACUUCAAGCUGGUGCCAUAGUUAACAGGUUAGACCAUUCAGGAAGAUCAGCUCUACAAUAUAUUGAUAUCUAUAAAAGUCUGUUUGAUUUGACUUGUUUUAAAUUACUUCUAUCUAAAGCUAAUACUGGUCUUCUCAAUUUACCCUGCAUUGAUGGUAACACAAUUAUUCAAACAGCCCUGUGUUUCCCCUUUUUCUGGAAACCAUGCCGCGUUGUUCGGUUUAUUAGAUAUUUAGUUGCUGAAAACUGUUGUCUACAGACUCUUGUUACGUCUUCAGUUGAAAGUAGCUAUAAUCAAAUUGAUUGUACUGAGAUAAGCUCUGAAGAAAGAGACAAACUGAGAAAAGUGUUAUAUCGUAGUGGUGCCCAAGGGGAGGAAAUUAUGACAACAUUAAAUUUUGAUGAGGAAGAUCAACAAUAUGAAGACAGAACAAUUUUCUCACUAGGCAGGAAGAAAUUUGUUAGUUUCUGUAGUAAUAUAUCCCUCAAGUCCCUGUGUAGAAGAAUAAUCAGACAGAAUCUUGGAUGGGGAAUAAAGGAGAAGAUUAAAAAUCUUGAAUUGCCUCGUGAAUUAAAGGAUUUUCUUCUACUAAAAGAUGUUCUCCAUCCUAAAGAUUACAACAUAGAUAAUAUUGAUGAUGGUUGUAAUGAUUUUGAUAAUGAUGAUGAUUAUGAUGGUUAUGAUAUAGAUAAAGAUAGAGAUGAUGAUUAUACUCAAUAUAACUACCAGUAUUUUACUCUCAAUACAGAUCAUGAAUUAAGGCAAGAUUUCAUAAAAACAUGGAUACUUCCUAAUGGUAGCGAUGAUUUCAUAAGCACAGAUGAUGAUGAUGAUGAUGAUGAUGACUGUUAUACUAUUUAUUUUUGAAUUCAACAUUGGUUUAACUUCAUAUAAUAUUUUUAUUCUUCUGGACAUAUAAAGUACAAAUGACUGCUUAAAGUUAGCUUGUCUUGCGUGAGUCUUAGUGCUAACUUGGCCGAUGAAUCUAAUUUAGUUCCUGUCUUUGAAACCCUUGAACUGGCGAAUGGAUGCCCAAUCCCUAAAAGUACUCUACACUCAAAUACACACCGUUCACUAUGUGAUUUAUAUGUGAUCGCUGCAUUGGAUUAAAACCUCAGCUCCAGGUGAAAAUGAGGUACUCAGUGUCUGGAAUAACCUGCCUGAAACUUUCAACUUUCUGAAAAAAGUAGCAGUGCUAGUGUCAAUUUUCUCAUCUAGUUAGAAUGAAAACUUAGUGCAGCUUGCAUAGCUUUGACGAAUACAAAAUAUUAUCGAGAUAUAAAACUUUUAUCAUCUGCUAUACGUGAAACAUUAAAGGAGCAUUAUGGGAGAUAAGAUAAAGAGCUGACAGUUCUCACUAUAAUAGUUAAACAUGCAUUAUGCAAGAGCAAAAUCUGCCUAUUACCAGUCUUUCUUUAGGCCUGAAAUGUUAUCUAAAUUAUCAAUUAGACAUUAAUUAACUUAUCCAGACCAUAAUAAACUCUCGAUAUCAAGGCUAGCCUUCGAUGUUGGCUGGAUUAGAUUCCUAUAUGCCGCUAACUGCCGUUGAUAAUUAAAUCAGAAAAAGUGGAUAAUCGAGACUAUGCUGUUUAUAUAAAUUAUUUUAGUAAUGAUGACCGAGACUAUGCAAAAUUUUCACCCGCUUCUUUCUCGGCUCAUAGUGGAUCAAUUUGACUGAAAUUUUCAGCAAAUUACCUUUACACUAUCUAGUUUUUAACUAUUAUAGCGAGAACUGCCAUCUAACAGUUCUCACUAUAAUAGUUAAAGAUACAUUAUGGAAGAUUAGAUAAAGAGCUGACAGUUCUCACUAUAAUAGUUAAAAACUAGAUAAUGUAAAGGGAAUAUGCUGAAAAUUUCAGUCAAAUUGCUCCACUUUGAACGGAGAUAUUAGCGAUUGAAUUUUGGGUCUAGCCUUGAUCAUCAUUACUAAAGUUGAUACGAUAUAAAACAUAGUCUCCAUUAUCCAUUUUUGGAUUUAAUCAUCCAUGAGCAUUGAACUGCAGAUCGAAUUCAAAUCCAGAGAAAAUCUUGACACAUAGGAUGGCAUCUAGAGUUGAUUAAGGUCUUUUCAUGUUAAUAAAUAUCUAAUUAAUAGUUUAUAUAACAUUUCAGGCCUAAAGAAAGACAUGCAAUAGGCAGAUUUACCUCUUGCAUAAUGCAUGUUUAAAUGUACACAAAAGGCAAAUAACAAAAUCAAUUAAAAUACUAAACAAGAUGUACUUGGCAAGCGAUAAUUUUUUUCUGUUUUUCAAAUUGAAAUUAUUGGCACAUGAUCUGAAAAAAGGUUAAACAGGAACCAAAUGUUUAUUGAAUUUGUUCUUUUGUUUAUAUUCAUGUAAAUAAAUCAUAGUAUAUGUAACAUCUACCUUGAGUAUCCAUUACACUAUAUGUGACAAAGUGAUUUAUACUUUUCAUCAAAUUGAACGAUCAUUUAGGUGCAUAGUCCUUUAUGAACUCGGCUAGAUCUGAUAAUAUAUGAUAUUGACGUUUCACCUCUGUAUCAACUUCAGUUAAGGCACGGACUGCCUACGAUCUUAUUAAACAUCUAAUUAAUUCAAUACGUUCUUUACAAGCUACACAUGAUCCGUGUAUAACACUAGACAGAACUUCAAAGAGAAUGUAGAAGUGGUCAGUGUAUCAUACUAUGACCUGACAAUGACAUCCAAGGAAAUAUGCAGUGUAAUUACAAACACCAUAAUUUGAUAAAUAAACAAUACCAUAUAUGAUGAUCACUCUUGUCCAUCUUCCCUAAUUGUCGUACGCUAUAUAAGCAGGUGUUUACUGACAGUAAGUCAGACUUGGAAUAGAGCUCCCACCGAAUUAUGUCUAUUACAUGUUCUUAAUAAAGGUCUUAUCAAUUA